AUCGAGAGUCGGACGCCCCCGGGCGAUUAUGGAUGCUUUAUCCCCGAACAACCGAAAGACGUGUAUGGCCUCAAGGUUCCCUACUCACCCCGACGUCUUCCGCCUUUCACACCACCUGCUCCGGGCGUUGGGUCGAUCAAUCAGCCUCCGCUCCUUCCCCCUCAACUUCUUCAGGGUAUUUUGAACAAAGACGUUGGCGUGCACUGUGACCCCAAUCUGUUGCCUCCCCCGAACCAUGUUAUGGUCAAUCACCUCUACGCCCUCUCCAUCAAGGUUCGUGACCCCUGUGUUUUUAAAGACCAUUUAACCCCGUUACUGACUCCUUUUCAGUAG